AACACUAGCCUUUUUACACACCCAUCUUCUCUCUCAGCUCUCUCUCUCUCUCUCGCGAUGACCACCGCUUCCUCACGCAAGGCAUUGAGCAAGAUCGCGUGCAACCGGCUGCAGAAAGAGCUUGUGGAGUGGCAGGUGAAUCCGCCCGCCGGUUUCAAGCACAAACCUACUGAUAAUCUCAAGAGAUGGGUAAUUGAAGUGAACGGUGCGCCAGGUACGCUCUAUGCCGGUGAAAUGUACCAGCUUCAAGUUGAUUUUCCGGAACAUUACCCCAUGGAAGCGCCGCAGGUUAUAUUUGUGCCUCCGGCUCCCAUGCAUCCUCACAUUUACAGUAAUGGGCAUAUAUGUUUAGAUAUUUUGUACGACUCUUGGUCCCCGGCUAUGACUGUAAGUUCGAUUUGCAUCAGCAUUCUAUCUAUGCUCUCAAGCUCCACGGUGAAGCAACGUCCAGCUGACAAUGAUCGGUAUGUUAGGAACUGUAAGAAUGGUAGAUCUCCGAAGGAGACGAGAUGGUGGUUCCACGACGACAAGGUGUAGUCUAACAUGGAGAAACAUGCAACUGGGCCUCACUCUAGUUCAUAGCGUAUUUUCUUCCCUUGAAAAGAUUGUGGGAAGGCAGAGAAGAAAAGCAAAAAUAAGUGUGUUGGAAACAAAACGGUGUUUUAUUUGAACUGCUGAGGAUGCCUUGUGGUGCAUCAAACAAUCCAUAGCAGCAGCUAAUGUUGAUAUGUUGGUAUAUAUAUGUUGCUUGGCUGAUAAAUUACUUUAAACUGA